AUGAUGGAAGUGGAAGGAUCCAACACUUCGAUGAAUCGUUCUCCUCCUCCUCCUCCUCAAUCAUCUUCCUUCCUACGUUCAACGCGAUCCAAAGCUUUGUAUCAGUUUAAGCAGCAGAAACUCCCAGCUUGUAAGCCUGUCUUAACUCCAACAUCGGUUAUAACAGUGUUUAUGUUAAUGGGUUUCGUUUUCAUCCCCAUUGGUUUCGUUACUCUCCGUGCUUCUCGUGAUGCUAUUGAAAUUGUAGAUCGGUAUGAUGUUGAGUGUGUUCCUGAAGAAUAUAAAACCAACAAACUCUCUUACAUUACUGAUUCAUCGGUCUCAAAGAACUGUACUCGUUACUUAAAGGUGCAAAAGUAUAUGAAAGCUCCCAUUUUUAUCUACUACCAGCUUGAUAACUACUAUCAAAACCACCGCCGGUAUGUAAAGAGUAGAAGUGAUCAACAACUGUUACAUGGACGAGAGUAUAGCCACACAAGUGCUUGUGAACCCGAGGAGUCAUCUAAUGGUCUCCCCAUUGUCCCUUGUGGGUUAAUAGCUUGGAGUAUGUUCAAUGAUACAUUUACCUUUGCUCGUGAAAGCGCGAAGCUGAAGGUGAGCAGGAGUAAUAUUGCCUGGAAGAGUGACCGUGAACACAAGUUUGGAAAGGAUGUCUAUCCUUUCAAUUUCCAGAACGGGACUUUGAUUGGUGGAGCUAAGUUGGAUCCAAAAGUUCCACUAAGUGAUCAAGAGGACUUCAUAGUGUGGAUGCGAGCAUCUGCUCUACUAAGCUUCAGGAAACUAUACGGAAGAAUCGAAGAGGACUUGGAACCAGGGAACGUUGUUGUGGUGAAUUUGAUGAACAAUUACAACACUUAUAGCUUCAGUGGGCAGAAGAAGCUUAUUAUCUCCACGUCAAGUUGGUUAGGAGGAAGAAAUGAUUUCCUCGGCAUCACAUAUAUUGUUGUUGGUGCCUCUUCCAUAAGCAUAUCGAUCAUCUUCAUGUUGCUCCAUUUGAAAAAUCCGAGGCCUUAUGGAGACAAUUCUUGGAACAAGAAAAGCCUUUCGAGUUGA